AAAAAGUUAAUAAAUUUCUUGAUAAUAGCGUUGACCUUAGCUCACAAGAUUGUGGUGAGGUCAGAACGUGUAAAGCGAAUCGCUACACCAAAUUUUGAUGAAGAUAUGUAUCGAACUCUGCCUAAAUAUGUGGUCUCCAUAAGGUCGCGUACUCCGCAAAAAUACUUUGGCGAUAAUCAUUUCUGUGGCGGAAGCAUAAUAUCUCCCAUAUUUGUGAUAACAGCCGGACAUUGUGUCAUGGAUAAUCGCAAAAUCAUGCAUCGAAGUCGAGUCUUGUUGGUCGUCGCUGGAACUCCGAACCGACUUAAGCAUGUUCUCGGUCGGACUUUAAAUGUGCCGAUUAAAAAGAUACUUGUGCACACAAACUUCACAUUGUAUAAUACAAACAAUAUUGCGAUCAUCAAGUUAGCUCAAGAUCUCCCCAUGAGCAACAAAUAUGUUGGCAUUGUCAAGUUGCCCAGUAGACCACCACACUAUGGUAACCUUUACCGAGUUCUGGGCUGGGGACGAGUGUAUGAGGGGGGUGCUCUGGCAUCCAGAAUUUUGUAUAUCGAUGUGAAACUGCUGGAACCAUCGGUUUGUCAAUCCUUUAUUAAAUAUUUCUCGACAGAGAUGUUAUGCGCGGGUAAUUUUAAUAAGAGUGACGAAGAUCCAUGUCCAGGCGAUUCUGGUGAUCCAUUCCUUGAGGGCACAACGCUCUAUGGCAUUGCUACCUAUACUAUUGGAUGUGGUAACUACGACCUUCCCUCGGUCUAUACGAAUGUGUAUCAUCAUCUCGACUGGAUUAAUGAGAUGAUCGCCAUGAAUGUCAGUCAGAAAAGAUUUGAGCAAUCUUUGUGCAUAUUCAUAUUGCUAAAUAUUUUUAUACCAUUUACUACUUUUUUAAUCGGAUUUAUGUGAAAUUUGUAGAAUAAACGAUUACAAUUAAACUAC